AAGUAGGGCGGGGUUUAUUCUGCACAGUUUCCAAGCGGUGAGAUUACAACUUGGAACUUCUUAAAAAAAAAACUAAAGAAAAAAAAAAAAAAAAAAAACUUGACUUUAAUAAAGACAGUCACGACAGCAUGGGAUUUUCUAUGCAGCUAAAAUUCAAGAUUUGAGGUAGAAACGAACAGCAAGAUUUAAAUAAAGUAUCCAUUUUCAUCACUUACCCGAGGGUGGAAAUAAAUACCAACUUUGAUUGUAAACACGUCUUAAGCAAUUCGUUUCUUGGACAAGUUGUUCAGAAGAAUUGAAACUUAUCCAGUGAACCAGGUUUUAAAAUGGAGUCUUAUGGAGUUGGUGACGUUCCAAAUAACAGAAUGCAACAGGAUUAUUUGCACUUUGACCAUACUGGGAGAUCCCAAAUCGACAGAGCUGGGACUUACGGAGUCAGUAUCAGGGUUCAGGGAAUUGAUGGACAUCCUUACGUUGUACUUAAUAACCGGAAUGAACAGUCGGCACCAAACGAUUCUUCAUCUGAAAAUGUAUAUUGUGAUAGUUCUAAAGACAGGCCGUUUUUGGAAAAUUACGAUGAGCAUGACUUUAAAGGGAGAAAUACUGAUGAGAUUCCACGUCCAGCGAACCCUUUUGUGGAAUACAGAUCCCAAAAGCAGAUGCAGUUGAGUGGUUCACAGAAUGGUGUCCCAGAAUUUAAAGAAUCAUCAAGAAAGUCAUCUGCCUUGUUGAAUUUUCAGAGGCACCCUGAACUCUUAGAACCUUAUGAUCCUCAAAAGAACACUUUGAAUUUGGGUGGCCAUCAUGCGCUUCCAGCGAAAACAUCUGCAGUUACUGAAAUGGAAAACAAGGAGAACAAGCAUUGGAGUUCCUUGUCUAAGUCCUCCUCCUUGGUAAAUGUCCAGGUUCGAUCUAGAACUGCAGACAAAUCUAAGCCGGAGAAAAAUGGUGUACUCAACUCUACACCUCCUCCAUACCAAGAGAAGCCUGCAUCAAGGCCUCCCAGUGUUGCUAAUGAGCCAGUUAAGCUCCCUAGUGGAUCUUUGAGUAGUGUCGGCAGCACUAAUUCCAGCCUAGAACACAGAAGGCUGAGACCUGACAUUGUUCCUCUUCGUAGACAGGACUCAAGUGGACCAGUGUUGGAGACUUCAAGGUCGAGAAGGUCGUCUGCUUCAUCAACCUCUAUCGGUUCCUUACAAAAUAAAUUGUGUCUGGAUGACCAGGAAGAUGCUCUCUAUGCGGAAAACGUGAACCGCCAUGGGAACAGAAGAUACAUUCCAUUUCUGCCUGGCACAGGACGUGACAUUGACACAGGGUCCAUCCCUGCUGUUGAUGAUCUCAUAGACAGAUUUGAUGGGAAGGAAAGUCCACAAAGAAGAGGGAGGUCAGGAAGGAGGAACAGGAUCAACGCAGAAGAUCGCAAGAGGUCCAGAAGUGUGGAUAGUGCUUUGCCUUUUGGUCUUCGUGGAGAUUCAGAUUACAUGGAUGACUUUAGUAGAAAUCAGGGCAGGUCAACUGAACGCUUACUUAAACCUUCCCAGUUACGUAAACAGAAGUCUUCUCCUGAAGACUCCAGCAUUCCCUCCAAGGAGAGGCAGUCUGGUAAUCCUGCAAAUUCAUCUGGCAGCCUUGGUGGGUUUAAUGACAAAAACCAGGAAGAGUGGCACAGCAGUCCUAGGUCAUUAAAUGGCCAGGAGAGAAUAAGUUUAAACGGAAGCUCAACAUAUGGUGGCAAUAAGACUUUUUUAAGUCGAUCUUCUACUUUGCUAAUGCCCUGUAUUGGCAAGGGAACUGAAGAAAAAACUGAGAGGUCUGGAAAAAUACUGACCAGCACAAACGCCGCAUCUCUUUCCAAAUCUAGCUGGAGCUCGGUUAAAAAAACAUCUUCAGAGCAGGAUAUACAGGCAACCCCUGAUCUUCUUCUGAAAGGUCAGCAGGCGCUUUCACAACAAACUAAUGAAGAGACUGCGAAACAGAUCUUGUUUAAUUACCUCAAAGAUGGGAGUACUGAUAAUGAUGACACCACCAAGAAGAAGGUCAACCUAGUUUUUGAGAAAAUCCAGACUUUAAAGUCUAGGGCUGCAGGAAGUGUGCAAGCGGACAACAAAUCCCCUGAUUCCUCGGCUGAAAUGAAAGCACUGCAGGAAAAGCAAACGGAGCUGGAGAAAAAGGUCACUGAGCUGAAAAGAGAACUAGAGCAAGAAACAAAGAAUCAGCAGAGCCUUACAGAGUCCAAUGCGAUGACCAAAGAAAACAUGAAGGAACUUCAUAAGAAUCUAGAGGAAAGUUUGCAAGAAGGCAGUCGACUUCGAGAACAGUUAGCGAAGGCAGAAAAAGAGCUUCAAGCAACCCUUGAAGAAUUGUAUCAGGUAAAAAUGGAGCGGGAGCAGCAUCAGAAUGAAAUCCGGGACCUGCAGGAUCAGCUCUCUGAAAUGCACGAUGAGCUGGAUGGUGCAAAGCGAGCUGGGGCUGAGGACGAAGAGAAGGAUGCUCUUACCGAGGACCUGUUGCAGUUGAAACAAGAUUUCCAGGAGAUCAUGCUGUUUAAAGAAGAGCAGGAGGAUAUGUUGAGGAGAAGAGAGCGUGAGCUGACGGCCCUCAAAGGAGCCUUGAAGGAAGAGGUGUCCACUCAUGACCAGGAGGUGGACAAACUCAAAGAGCAAUAUGACAAGGAGCUACAGAAACUAAGGACCUCGCUGGCAGAAGCAAUGCAGAACAGUGUUUCCCUGUCGAGUGAAAAGGUUGCUUCAGAUGAGUUGAAGAACGCUGCUCAGAACCAGGCUAAGCAGCUGAUGGAUGAGAACGAGAGGCUGAGGAGAAAGAUUCUCACGCUGGAGGCAGAAGUUGCAGAGCUCAACAAAAUCAUUGACAAGACGAAGAGGGAAGAAAGCUGUGCAAAGGAAAAGAUGGGCAGAUUCGAGAAAGAGAAGAAACAGUUGGAAGAAGCACUGGAAGAGGUUAAAGACCAAGAGGAGGAGUUGUCCGUGGCCAAUAGAGUAUUGGAGAGCCGCUUGGAGGACGUGCAGAGAAGCCUUAGCAAAAUGACUCGCGAGCACCAAGAACUAAGUGAGAGAUUAAAGGAGGAGAAGAGUCAGAAGGAGCAGUUUAAGAGAACCAAGAAUGAGGUAGAGGAUGAGAGGAGGCAUCUGGACAGAACUAUUGAGAAACUUCAGAUGGAGAUGAAUGAGAUAGUAGAGGCUUCACAGAGGUCCACACUCAAUCUGCAGGUCCAAAUCGAUGAGUAUAAGGAAAAGAACCGAAAGGAGAUGACUGACUUGCAAAGACAGCUGAGAGACAAAAGUGCAGAGCUGGAGAAGUCUCGCCUGGCAACCAAGAAGCUGCAGGAUGAGAUGACUAUCCUGGCAGAAGAUUUAAAACAGUGCAAGACAGAGAGAGAUGAUGCGGUUUUCAGAGGACAGCACUUGGAACAAAAGGUUUACGACCUGGAAGUCGAAAUGGAGAACAAAUCCCAUGUCAAAGAUGAUCGAUCGCGACAAAUCAAACUAAUGGAGGACAAAAUAUCCCAGUUAGAAACUUACCUGGAAGAGGAGAGGAACAGUGGGGAUCUGCUGAUGGACAGAGUAGACCGGGGAAGAGAACAGUUGGAGCAGAUGAGGAAUGAACUUCUGCAAGAGAGAGCUGCGAGACAGGACCUGGAGUGUGACAAGACCUCAUUGGAGAGACAGAACAAAGAUCUGAGGAGCAGAGUGACACAUCUUGAAGGUUUCCAGAGAUCCAACAAGGGUGGAGUUGUGUCUCAGCUGGAGUCCAGAGUUCAUGAACUGGAAGACCGGUUAGAAGGGGAAGAAAGGGAAAGGGCUAAUCUCCAGUUAACCAAUCGAAGGCUGGAACGGAGAGUCAAGGAGUUGAUGAUGCAAGUGGAUGAUCAGCACACCUCGCUGACUGACCAGAAAGAUCAGCUGCAACUGCGUUUGAAAGCUAUGAAACGGCAGAUGGAUGAGGCAGAGGAGGAAAUCGAGAGACUGGAACAUGGCAAGAAGAAGCUGCAGAGGGAUCUAGACGAGCAAAUUGAACUCCACGAUCAGUUACAGGGGCAGCUCAAUACACUUCGGAACAACAUGAGGCGAAAAAACGCAUCCGCAAAUGUUCUAGAUGACCUUGACGAUGACGAGGAUGAUGAUUUAAGCGUUGAUGGAGAGAGUUUCCGUGGCGUUUCUACGGGAUACGUUGCCUUAUGAAGACCUGCUGUUCUAAAUGUUUUCUUUAGCUGUAGAAUAUCGCUCUACAGCGAUACACAAUCUAGAUGAAAAUACUGAGCAGUUACCAUUUAAACACCUGCCCUCCCCCCCUCUCCCACACACACACAGGGAUGCUUAGAAGCACUUUGACAACUUGUAAUUGAUUGUCAUUGUAACUUUCUUUAACUAGUGUUCUUUACAAAAAAAUGUUGGCAAAAGUCUGGUCUCUUUCUUCCCCUCUCGGACAGUAGGCAUUGUUCACGCAAUAACCCUAUAGUUCCCUAUAUUUCGUUAUGUCAUUUUCUAUGGGAUUUUUUUUUUUAAAGUUAAUAUUACCCCUAACUUGUAUGCUGCCGGUGUUCUUUUAGCCUUAAACUGAUUUGUAAGGAACCUGUUUUUAUUUAUGUAUCACUAUAGAAGAACAACAUAUAUUGUGCAUCAAUGUCUGCAAAUGAAGGGAAAUUGGCUUGUGGGAUCACAUGUAAUAGACGUUUUUCUUAAGUUGGAUAUGAUUUAAAUAUAAAGCUUUGUUUUAAAUGAUGAACUGCACAGACACUUGUGUAAAAGGUAGUUUUUUUUGUUUGUUUUUUUUAAGUUUGUAUUUACAUUUGUAAAUCACUGGCUAACUGGAGCAAUUUGAGAAUUGCGGCACCAAACAGACGUUUUUGUUUAUUUCAGCAAAUCCCUCUAAACUAUAUUGUGUAUGCCAUUUUAAUGCAGCAUUUAUUUUAUGUUUACUGCAAUUGUGGCUUUAUAAAGUUGAAUGUAGCUAAUGAUAUAAGUUCUAUAUGUGUUACGCUUCAAUUUCAUGACUAUUACUUUGCAGCUUUUUAUGGGCUCAUAAUAUUGCUGCUACACUAGCAGCUGUGUGUUCUUUUAAUGAUUUAUCUGAUACUGAAUAUUCAUCAUUGCAGCAUCUCUCUUUCUUAUUCAACCCACAUAUAUAUUUAAAAUUUGUAGAGUUUUGCAUUGUCUUGUAGAUUAUCUAAAAUCACAGGAUUGACUGGUGUUUGAGGGAGAAUCAGUUUUGCUUAGAAAACAUAGUGUUGGCAAAUACAACAACAACAUCAUCUUAAAAAUGCAUCGACUGCACAGCAUUGUGUUGACAAUCGCUAAACUGUGCCAUGCUGUGACGCAAUGCACGGUUUUGUAUAUUCUGCUCCUAUUUAGCACGGAUGGUAUUCCAGUUGCAAAGGUGACUGUGCUUUGCCUGUUGCUGCCCCUUAAGCCAUUAGGGAUGGGUCAAAAUAAUUCUACUGCUACCUCUCCCUGUUCUGUAAAGCAGCAAGUCAUUUUAAAUAAAGGAUUAUUAGCCUAACCUUCA